AUGUCACACACACACCACACAGCUCCAUCCAUGCCAGGUCAGCACACAGACCACCCCACCUCCAUCCAUGCUAGGUCAGGACACAGACCACCCCACCUCCACAGAUACCAGGUCAGCACACAGACCACAACAGUUCCAAGCAUGCCAGAUCAGCAUGCAGACCAUCCCAUGUCCGUCCAGCAAGGUCAGCUCACAGACCACCACAUCACU